UUAGAUGGGGAGUCCAGAAGGGCCUGGAACAUGCCAGAAAACUGGCAUCUGAAGGAAGCCACAGAAUAGCCAAGGAACGACCUGGGUAGGGCUUUCCAGGCAUAAGGAAACCCCAAGGGUGACUAUCCAGAGGUCAGGAAAGCAAGGAGCCAGCAUGUCAAGGAGGAGAGGCAAGGAAAAGAACGAAGGUGCCCGUGUGAAAAGGUGGGUUCCAGUCCGGAUGCCAAGGGGAGCCUUUCCAAUGGCGGUGCACAGCGUGGGGUCGUCCCACGGCUCAAUGCGGUGGGGCAAAGGUAGUCCCAAGUCCCGCGGCCUGCGCACUGCCUCCUCUGUGACGCCACUGGGCACUGUGACAUCUUGCUGAGGAGCUCUGGACCCGGCGCCCCGUGACUCAGUAACAUCACCGCGGGUCCCACGGCGGCUAGGCCAUGAUAGCGAUACCAUAGAAGGUCAUGUCGAAACGCGACAUCGUCCUCACCAAUGUCACCGUUGUCCAGCUGCUGCGACAGCCAUGCCCGGUGACCAGACCACCACCCCCAUGUGAGCCCAAGGUUGAGCCAGAACCUGCACCUAAACCACUACCUCCAGUUAAGGAAGAGGGAAAGCCACCUCCCCCUCCUCCUCCUCCUCCACCACCACCACCACCACCUCCCAAGAAGGCUCCUCCAGCUCGGGAGUUGAAAGUAGCCAUCAAUGGAUUUGGUCGCAUUGGUCGCCUGGUGUUACGCGCUUGCAUGGCAAAGGGAGUUAAGGUGGUGGCAGUGAAUGACCCAUUCAUCGACCCAGAAUACAUGGUGUACAUGUUUAAGUAUGACUCCACUCAUGGCCAAUACAAGGGGAAUGUGGAAUGCAAGAAUGGACAGCUGGUUGUGGACAACCAGGAGAUCACUGUCUACCAGUGCAAGGAACCCAAAGAAAUCCCCUGGAAGUCUGUCGGGAAUCCCUAUGUGGUGGAGUCCACAGGCGUGUACCUGUCCUUAGAGGCAGCUACAGCACACAUCACAGCAGGGGCCCAACGUGUCGUCAUCACUGCACCCUCGCCGGAUGCACCAAUGUUCGUCAUGGGUGUGAAUGAGAAGGACUAUGUUCCUGGCUCCAUGAACAUUGUCAGCAAUGCAUCCUGCACCACCAACUGCCUGGCCCCCCUUGCCAAGGUCAUCCAUGAGCGAUUUGGGAUCGUGGAAGGACUGAUGACCACAGUCCACUCCUACACAGCCACCCAAAAAACAGUGGAUGGGCCAUCAAAGAAGGCCUGGCGAGACGGACGGGGUGCCCACCAGAACAUCAUCCCAGCCUCCACCGGGGCUGCCAGUGCUGUGGGCAAAGUCAUCCCACAGCUCAAAGGGAAGCUAACAGGAAUGGCGUUCAGGGUGCCAACCCCAGACGUAUCUGUUGUGGACCUGACUUGCCGCCUGGCCCAGGGUGCCUCCUACUCAGCCAUCAAGGAAGCUGUAAAAGCAGCAGCCAAGGGGCCCUUGUCUGGCAUCCUUGCCUACACCGAGGAUGAGGUAGUCUCUACGGAUUUCCUCGGCAAUACCAACUCAUCCAUCUUCGACGCUAAGGCUGGCAUUGCCCUCAACGACAACUUCGUGAAGCUCAUUUCCUGGUACGACAACGAAUAUGGCUACAGUAACCGGGUGGUGGACCUGGUCUGCUACAUGUUCAGCCGAGACCAGUGAAGCGAAAGGCCUCUCUUUUGCUGCGCCAUGCUCCGGUGCCGUUCCCACGCUGGGUUCCCCCAGGAAGGCAGGCGCGCGGAGUGAGGGCCUUGCGCUGCUCGGUCAGCGGUGAAAUAAAAACCAAAGUGCUCACAGCUGCGCCCGUCUCUCUGCGCCGGUCACGGCGGGUUCUAGGCCGGGUUUAAGGUCCGAGCAUGGACGAGGGUUGGCGCUGGGUUG